AUGAUUAUACUUCUUAUUUUAUUACCCUUCUCUUAUGGAAUUAUUAGUGAUACAGACCUAAGCUUUAGCAAGCCUGCAGCAAAAUCAUGAGCAUGAUUUGUAUUUGAAGAAGGAGGCUGAAUUGCAUUGAAUCUUACAAUAACAUCAAACAGCAGUGGAUCAAUAGGAAUUUAUUUAUGUGAGCCAGGAGAAGUAAACACCAUUGCUCACGCUUUUAAAAAUGAUUUUUGUAUAAAUAUCCCAAUUGGUUUGAUUUUUAUUAUCUCUACCAAUAAAUAUUUCUAAUUUCAUACAAAAUUAAACAUUUUUAAAAAUGGUGAAUACAGAAAAUUAAUUUCGUUUGAAAUAACACAAAUGCAGGGAAUUUUACGAAAUGUGAGUAUAAUUUCACCUAUCCCUUUUAUGGGUCUGACUAUAAAACAAAUCCUGAUUUUAUCGCUUUUUUGGACGGUUUAAGAGUCCAUUGAUGGGAUCUAACAGAAGAGCAGUGAGAAUAUUACCUAAAAGAAUUUUCACGAAGAAAUAGCAUGAGUGAUAGAGAUAUAAAAAUUAAGAAGCAUACAGAUAUAACAGCUAAAAUCACAAGCUCGCAGCUCUACUACUUUGUGGCUGCUAGCUGUGUAGAAGAUAACGUUGAGCUGAAAAAGUAAAUUAAAAGGUCAUAAUGGCCAUAAACGGGUAAACCCACUAGAGGUCGCUCAUCUUGUCUCCAAAAUGUCAUCAUUUUGGAUUUCCAUCUGAACCACCUGUCCAAGGGAUUAGCUCCCUAAGACAGGGCUAAUCUUUUAGAGGUGCUCAUAUAGUCCCGAUGAGUGAUAGGCAAAACUUGAAUACACGUAAUUCCAAUAGAUAGCCCUAUCAGCGGGUGAAUUGCCUGCUAAAAUUAAAAUUUGGUACGGCCAAAAUUAUUAGUUUUGGUGGGACCAAAUUGUGAAAUCAGCAGGCAAUUCACCCACUGAUAGGGCUAUUAAAGGGAAUUUUUUCUAUACCCCAUCUAGGUGGAACAGGAAAACCUUCGGGAAAGAAGCAAAACUUCCCUCUUCUGCAAGGCAUCAUCAAACUUGAAGGCCCACUUCAAAAGGGACAGAGAUCUUAUUUUCAGCUUCAUCAGGAUGGAUCUUAUCUGCUCUACACUGACUUCGCCUUGGAGUAGAAUUUCCGUAAACGUCACUAUUUUAUUUCUAAGUUGAGCUAGGAAUUGAUUACAUAUUUAUGAACCCUGGAGGCGAAAAUCUUGGUGUCGGACUUUUAGAAAUGAAAUAUGUAAUGAAUGGAGCUUCAAUUGGCUGAUUGGCCUUAAUUGGGCUAUGAAUAUUGUCUUGAGCAUUUUUCAAUUAAAAAAUUUAGCUUAUAAGAUUUCCUAAUAAAUAUUUAUAAAAUCGAUAUUUUUCUGUAAAAAAUAAAAUUUCCUUGAUAUUAUCAUGAGUUUUAGUGAGAAAGCUAAAAUCAUCAUUUAUACAAAUUGGCUUAAUUUUAAACUCUAUGGUAUGAGCAGGAUUUUCAUGACUAUUUAAGACAUAUUGGGAAGACUAUUCAGAAUCAGGAAAAUCUGAUGAGCAAAUGAAAGAAUGGAGCCUAAUUCUUUUUGCGACAGCUGAAUGCAUGUUUUUUUUGAUUGUAAUUAUGAUAUGUGCAGGCUCAGGAAUUACAAAACCGUCUUUCCAAAUCUGGACACUACUAAAAGCUUUAUUUGCGGUAGGAUCUUUACACUGCUGUAUGUGGCUUUACAUUAAGCUUGGAGAUGAUGGGUUGUUUUCACUUGCUGGAAGCUAUGUAUUAAUUUUAUUUAUCUGUAUAUGAGAUAUCACAAAAAAUACCCAAAAAUUAUCAAAGCAAAUUCGGUUAUACCUCGAUUAAUUCAAUUCAGGGCUAAAAUAUUAAAAUGACAGUUAGGGGUAGGGUCUUAGUCCUGUUCAUCAGGCUAGCCUUACAAUCCAAGCAUAGUAAGAGAAUUUUAGCUUCUUGAUGGUCUCAGCUUAAGUGAAGAGUCUGGCAUGGACUAGAGAAGUCUUAAAGGGCUUUAACUUUAACGGUUUGACGGCUAGGCCGGUCCACCUACCAAAUUGUUCAGAACUGCUAUCGAAACUGAAUUUCAAAGAAUGAGGACUCAGAGGCACUGUAAGUGUUAGAGAAAUUCAAUUAAACUUAAAUUCCAAAGGCUAAAAUAUGUUUCUCACCUCAAAAAUCAUUGCAAUAUGCUAAUUUUUAAAAAAAUCAAAAAUAAUAUAUUAGGGUUUAAUUUCAGAGGCGGGAUUUGAUCCAAUAAACACCCCGUUUUGGUCUCAGCUUCGAAUGUUUCGUUUUUUACGAAUCACUCUAGUAAUUUUUCUACUUGCCUUAAGCACAUGUGGAGUCAUUACGGUAUUUUAUCUUGAAUAUUUACCUUGGAUUGCAGUAAGCACACAUCUCAGCAUAAUUUAUCAAUGCUAUUUAGUUCUGCUGCUUUAUUUUAGAUUCAGAAAAAUUGACCCGUUUUUUGAUGAAAUUGAGACUUUAAGUUUAGGCGAAAAUGGUCCUUUGGUAAAUCUUGAUGAUAUUUUGCAAAAGUUAAAAUAAGUGUUAUAAGGCCAUAAGACUAUCUGGCGUAGAUCUACCUAACUUAAGGAUUAGCUCCCUUGAUUAGAGCCACCUCUUGCAGAUGCCUAGUUAAUCUCGAUAGAUGAAGACUAAGCGGGAGGCAAAUCCUCCCUAUCCCAUCUGAUAGAGAUUGGAAAAUCUUCAGGUGGGAAACAAAACUUCCCUCUUCGGCGAGGCAUCCCCAAACCCGAAGGCUAUAUCAAAAGUGACAGAGGCACUGUGUUCAGCUUCAUCUGGAUAGGUCCUACCUGCUCGAUAGUGACGUGCCUCGGAGACCUUCUUCGUCAAAGUUCUAUAUUUUGCAAUAAUUAAACGAUUAUGCUGGCCAUAAGUGGAUAAACCGCUAACGCUACCCAUCUUGGCUCUAAAAGGUCACCCUUUUGGAUUUGAAGUCUGAACCACCUGCCCAAGGAAUGAGCUCCCUCGGGCAUAGCUACCAUCUGUAAGGUCCCGAUGAGAAGGAUCCACGUGGUAUAUAAAACCUGUCUCGGCAUCAGACAGGAAAAUCUUUGGGGGAGAAAUAAAAAUCCUGUUUCGGUAGUCUUCCCAUUGAGAUGGUCUACUUAGCUUACGAAGAGCUUGCUUUCACCACCCAUAAUUAUGGUCACCGUUCCAUCAGAAGUUUUCUCCUCAGAAUCCUAUUUCCAUCAACUUCAUCAUUUAUUUCUAUAUUUUGCAAGGAAUGUUCGAUAGAAAUGCACUUCUAGCCUACUCAGAAGGUAUGAUGCUGGUAAUUAUUAUGUAGCCUUACGAAAAAGAGCGAUUUUUAUCAAUAGUAUCUGACGUAGCCAUAAUAGAACAGCCCGGCGAAAUCUCCAGCUUGACCUUAGGAAUCCCCGUCUAUAUUAUUCCCAGUCAGCCUGAAAUUGAAAAUGACAAUGACGCAAUAGGCCUCCCUUACAAAAUUGAAGAAAGCUGUAUAUCAUUAGAAGACAUCACUGUCGAAAUUUAA